UGCGCAGCUCCGGGAGCGCGCAGCGCGGCGAUCGGCAGUGCGCUGUGUCCCUCAGAUCACCGAUCAACGGAAAGAGCCAAAGAUUGCCACAUGUCAGUGUCCAUCAGUGCCAGCUGUCAGUGCUCAUCCAUGCCACCUGCCAGUGACCAUCAGUGCUACAUUUCAGUACCUACCAGUGCACAUCAAUGCCACAUAUCAGUGUCCAUCUGAGCUGCCUUUCAGUGUCACCCAUCAGUGAAAGUCAGUGCCACCUAUCAAUGCCAGUCAGUGCCACCUAUCAGUGCUGCCAAUCAGUGCCAGCCAGUGCCGCCUAUCAGUGUGCAUCAGUGCCGCCUAUCAGUGCCCAUCAGUGCUGUCUACCAGUGCCGCCUAACAGUGCCAGUUAGUGCCACCUAACAGUGCCAGUCAGUGCCGCCUAUCAGUGCC